AAAAGUUUAUUAUAACGAUUGAGCUGGUUCAAAAAAUUGUAUUUCCAGUGACGCAUCUAUUUCAAUGUUAUUUCAUGAUUUGUUUGUACAGCUAAGGAAAGUAUGGCGACGUGGGAAGGUGAAAAAUUUCAGGAAAUCGGAAAUGCCGAUGAUAUUGAGGAAAAUUUUGAUAACAUUCUCGUGACGCAUGAUCUUCAGGAUUGUCUGGAUGAUAGUUUAGAUUUAACCAGUUUUGGAAAAGUGUAUGAUCAGAACGAUGUAUUUGAUUAUGAAAAGUAUUCCGAUGAGGAUGCCCCUAUUGAUGAAAAACUAUCUAACGAUAAUGCCUCCGAAUCAAUACAUCAUUCAAUUGGUCGUGAUGAAAUUUAUAUGCGGAUUCAUUCUGAUCAAGAUGAUAUUUCAACAAAUGAAUCUUCACAUGUUGCAAUUGAGAACAUAAUUCCAGAUACGAAUCAAAAACAUAUUGGUCGAUAUACUUGCGAAUAUGAGGGUUGUAAUAGAACAUACAGUACAGUUGGAAAUUUACGUACUCAUAUGAAAACGCAUAAAGGCGAGUAUCGAUUUAAAUGUGCAGAACCAAGUUGUGGCAAGGCAUUUCUUACAUCGUACAGCCUUAAGAUUCAUACUAGGGUACACACAAAAGUGAAACCAUUUGAAUGCAAUCACAAAGGCUGUGAAAAAGCAUUCAAUACCCUUUACAGACUGAGAGCUCACCAAAGACUUCACAGUGGCAACACAUUUAAUUGCGAAGAGACUGGAUGUGUUAAAUUCUUCACCACUCUAAGUGAUCUCAAGAAACAUAUUCGUACUCAUACUCAAGAAAGACCUUACAAAUGUAGAGAAAAAGGAUGUGGUAAGGCCUUCACAGCAUCGCAUCAUUUAAAAACUCAUAAAAGAACACAUACAGGAGAACGACCCUAUGUAUGUACUAUAGACAAUUGCAAACGAUCUUUCACCACACCUCAUAGUUUAAAGAGUCACUUGAGAACUCAUAAAAAAGCGACUGAUAAUGAUGAGAUGAAACAUGAAGUCAAUAAAGAUGAUUAUAAAAACCAAAGAAACAGUAAGAUAUUGAACACAGAAAUCGACGCUGAUGAAGUCACGCUGAGAAAUACAAAUGUGCCAUGUUAUGCCAUUAUACCGUUAUCUUCUAAUAAUACAGAAAAUAAGGAAAGUAUUACUUUUUUAUCCAUAGAAAAUCCAAAUGAUCAGUCAUCUUCUACAAAUGAUAUGAUAGAUAUCUUAAAUCAAAAUAGACUAAACAAAGAACUUGAUUAUAACAUUACUAAUAAAGAUACUGAAAAUUUAAAUAAAUCAACAAAUGUUACUCUUCUUAGUUCAAAAGAUAUUAUUUUAAAUAAUUUUACUGAGCAUACAAUUGAUAAUUUUAAUAAUAAUGAAAAUUAUGAUAAAUUUAAAAUGUUUAAUGAAGUAAAUGAUUCGAAUUUACAACGAGAUCAAAAUCAACAAUAUAGUUCUAAUUCUUCAGUGAAAGUUCAAGAUAGCAAAACAGAUAAUAGAGAUAAGUCUGAUGCAAUAAAUUUAGAACAAAAAAUUAUACGAGAUGGCCUACAAAAUACUAUUGCUCAUAUCGCAGAAGGGACGAAUUUUACAAGUGAUAUGCAACAAUAUGAUAAUACUAUCGAGGAGGAAGUUUAUAAUGAUAGAACAAAUGUAAGUGAGGUUGUUGAAAGUAAUAAUACGACUUUGUACAACGCAAAUUCUGUUACUAGUCACGUAUCAAAUAUAAUUAGUUCCUCUAAUGAGACUCAACUGUUUGAUAGUGAGAUGGAAACUUUACCAUUUAUUAAUGAUAGUUUACGAACUAGAUCUCUUAACGACGUUGAACAGGCAUUAAAUUGUAAUGUUAUUGCAACUACGCAAUCAGAAGCUGUUGAACUUGCUAUAGCAUCUGAAGAGGAAAUACCUUCUCCUUGGAUAGAUGUUAUGGCAAUGGCAACUCCAUCUGCUUUAAGAAGGCAAUCAUGGUCAGAAUUGAAUGCUUUUCCAACAGCGGUUCACUCGUUAGUUGAUUUAGUUGAACCGGAACCUUAUCCAUUAGAAAACCAGUUACAACCAUUACAGCAAGUGGAUAAUGUAAAUUUAGUAGACGUGGAAAAUAUUAAUACUGAAUGUACUGAAGUUACGCGUAAAGAAAAUAAUAAUAAUAAAGAAAGCGAAAAUAGUACAAAAAUAAAAAAGAAUAGAAAUAUUCUACAGGAAAUUACAGCCGAAGCAGAUAUAUGCAAAUGUAUUGAUUGUAAGUGUGAUCAAUUAAAAAAUUGUCAAAAUUGCUCAAGUAGUAUAAUUCCUGAAGUUAAUAAAAAGCACGUUUCACCGAAAAUGGUAGACAAUUAUGUAUCUUGUGUUUGUGACAAUGAAUCCAAUGGGUCUUGUUGUGUUGUUAUUUGUUUGAAAACAUUACAGCAGUUGCAAAAAGUAUUCAGUCGUAAUUGUUGUAAAAGCACUAACAGUGUAUCAUGUUGUACAGAAACGUUGUUACCCCCCUUAAUGAAGUGCCAAUUAACAAAAUAUCAAUAAGGCAAAUAUUUUAGUGUGUAACUAGUCAUGUUCAAAGAAACAUUUUUAUAUAAAUAUUGAAUAAGAAUUUGUUAUUUAUCAUAAUGUGUAAGCUACUUUGCUUAGUUUUAAAUGUAGUUUUCCUUAUAAAUGUCAAUGUUUAAAAGUUUUGUCUAGGACAAUCGAAAAUUUGGGAUUCUGUAUACAUUGUCUCAAGAUCUUGUUAUAUAGAUGCAAUAUGUAAAUGUUAUAUAUUUUUAUUGUAUCAGUUUAUUUGUAAAUUUUUUACUUAAAAGUUUUUAAAUGUACAUCGCUGUUGAAUAAUUUUGAAUAGUUUAUAAAAAAAAAUUGUAUAUUGUAUUAUAUUGAAAAAUAGCAAAAUGCCAUUGUAAGAAACUAAUGCCAAAUUUGUGUAUUAAGUGUAUGGGUACAACAUAAUGUACAAUUACUAUGUACAUACCGUUCUUAUACAUAAUAAUUGUUGUAAGAUAUUUGAAUUCAGAUAAUAUUGACGAAUUACAUGAUAUUUACAAAAAAGUCAAUUAUUUGUGACCAUGCGCGUGUGAUGUACUAAACAUAUUAAUGGUUAAAAAGAGUAAAAUAUUUAUUACCUAGCAAUUGUUUUCCAAUGUACAACGCUUAGAAGAAAUGUAACGCGUUAAAUUACGCAAUUCAAUUAUAAAACAGUGUGAAAAUAUAAUAUUAAAAAUUAUAUUUAAAAUUAA